AUGUAUAAGAAAGAAAAAUGUGCCGCUGCUUUAGUCGACGAUGUUAAUUAUGCAUUCGAUCUGAAUGUUAUUAACAGCCAAAAACCGGAAAGAUAUGUCAAAACGCACUGUCCGGAAGUAAAAAUUGAGGUUGACAAAAAGCGAAAGAGAAUCGUUGAAAACAACACAUCACAUGUAAGCAAAAAAAGUAAAGGGAUCAACAAGAUAGCUCAUAAUUUAAAUAAAGUAACCAAUCCUCGUAACCUUGAUUCUUUAUAUCAAGGAAAUUUAAAAGAAGCAAAUUUAUCUAGCAAUCAUCCAGAAAUUAACUUGAUUAAUCCCUCAAUGAUUACUAAUGAAAACAAAAAUUCAGAAAGUAAUCAUGUAACGAAUAUUCAUGAUAACGAUGAUUUUUUCGAUGGAUUGGAUGAUUAUUUAGAACGUACUAUGGGUGUAAGCAUCGCAAAUAAUCAUGCCAUUCGAGCUUCAGGUAAACACUGA